GGAAAACAUAAGUAAAAAUUCAUAGAUUUUGUUUUGCAAUAGGUUCUAAAAAAAUUUCGUGUCAUCAAAAUAUAUUUUUUAUAGGUCAAAUGAAAUAAUACGUGUCUCUUAAUACGUCUUACGCUAAGUGAUAAACAUGAAUACUCGCUCAUCUGCAAGAUUAUCUUUAAAAAAUAAAGGACAAUCAUUUAGAGAGCUUCAACAAUUUUUAAAUUAUUUAAGUGAUUCCAGCUCUGACGAUGAAAGUGACGAUGGUUUAUGUUGUGAGUCCCUAUCAACUCCAAGAAAAACAAAAUCAAAAGCAAAGUAUGACGAUAGUGGAACACCUCCAAAGCAAAAGAAAUUAGAAGCCAAAAGUCCAAAUAAUAAAUCUACUGUUAGAUCUACUACGAAUACUCCUUCGAUUCAAAGAUUAGCUAUUACAAGCCCAAAGAAACCAAAGUCAACAAGAAAAAGCCUUUUUAAAGAAAAUGACACAAAGAAAUCUGCACAAAAUAAGAAAAUAGAACCUAUUUUAAUAAAUUCAGAUUCUGAAUGCACUAGUGAAGAUGAGGAACCUUCAAAAGAAAUACCAAAGAAUAUAAAUGCAUAUCAGUCUGCUAGACAGGCACUGCAUGGAACAGCUCCUACUGAAAUGCCAGGUAGGGAAAAGGAGUUAAAGGAGCUUAGACAAUUUAUUGACAAGCACAUCAAGAAUCAAACUUCAGGUUCACUUUAUGUAAGUGGACCACCAGGAACUGGGAAAACUGCAUCUCUAAAUAUUAUUCUACAAGAGAAAAAUUUGGUCCCCAAUGUAGACCAUGUAUAUGUCAACUGUACUGCUAUUAAAUCUCCUACAGCCAUUUACUCACGAAUUUGUAAAGAAUUAAAUAUCAAAGUAGAUGGUAGAAGUGAAAAAGACCACCUGCUUCAAAUUGAUAAAUAUUUGAAGAAAAAACACAAAACAAUUUUAUUGGUACUGGACGAAAUUGACCAAUUGGAAAGCAAAAAUCAAUCAAUCCUGUACACAAUUUUUGAAUGGCCCUCGAAACCAAAUGCUCAUAUUUUGUUAAUAGGAAUAGCAAAUGCUCUUGAUUUGACUGACAGAAUACUUCCUAGACUACAAGCUCGCUGUGAACUUAAACCUACUCUAAUGCAUUUUGCUCCAUACACCAAACCUCAAAUUAUUGAAAUUUUUACCUCACGACUGAGAGCAGCUAAUGUGUUGGACAUUUUCUCACCGGCAGCAGUGCAGAUGUUGGCUGGUAAGAUAGCAGCGGUUUCUGGAGAUAUUAGAAGGGCAUUGGAUAUAGGAAGAAGAGUUGUAGAAUUAGCAGAACGAAGCAGGAAAACGGGUGCUUUGAAAUCAGUAGAAAAUCUUGCCAAUCAAUUGGUUGAUGAAGAAACUAAGACUGUAGACCUGAAACAAGUAUUAACUGUUUUGAAUAGUGUAUAUGGCACCUCCCAGAAUCUAGACGAUCAUACCGAAGACUCUUUUCCACUUCAACAAAAGAUUAUUAUCUGCUCAUUACUCUUAAUGCUAAAAAAGAAUAAAAGCAAAGAUGUUACGAUAGGAAAAUUACAUGAAGUUUAUUGUAGAGUUUGUAAAAAGCGAAAAAUUGGUUCUGUGGAUCAAACUGAAUUAGUUGGAUUGUGCUCAUUAAUAGAAUCCAAGGGUAUAAUAACUGUAAGUGGAAAAAAAGAACCGAGGUUAAAUAAAGUCAGUAUGGUAUGGGAUCAAGACGAAGUCACAAAUGCUUUAAAAGAUAAACAGUUAAUUUCAGAUAUUUUACAAGACGAAUCUUGUUUGGGAAAAUUUUAAAUUAUUUUAUAAAUUUACUGAGUUUUAAGACUGGAAGUCAUUGUACAAUUGUUUGAACAUAUGAGAGCGACAGUUUUUAAAUUUUAUUCUUUUAUUUGAUUCGUUUUAAGUAAGAGAUUGUGAGUUCAAAUCCUGUAAUGGAUCAUUUUCGUUUAUAAUUUCUUAUGGGAUCUGCGAUCCAAGCCAAUAACACAUUAUAUAUUAAUGUAUAUUAUUUCCUAUGGAGUUAUUUGCAGCUUUCUGAGAUCCAAAACUUUAGGACUUCUAAUAAAUGUUUGUCAGUAAAUUGAAGGUCUUACAAAAUCAGAUCCUAUAUUUUUGGUAUAAUUGCUGAUGCUAAAGCAUUUUUUUGCUAAAGCUAAAAACACGGGACAAUUUUAGUGCAUAUCUUAAAUCCUGAAUAAAUUUUAUUUUUUAUAGAAAUUAAGAUGUGAAGCUACUAAAUGGUAAUUGACCACAAUGUACUAAUUUGUGUUUUGAGAAAAUCUGGUGAUAAAAUUGUCUAAUGAAAUAGUUUCACGAUGGUGGUUUACUCCUACACUUUUUUUUUUCAUUGUCUUGACAUUGUCAUUUUAGACAUUGCCUUAAAAUAUUUUAAAAGGAACUUUCUGUAAGUUUUCUUUUUGAAAAACUUAGCUCCUGUGUAGUUAAAAAUAAUUGGCAUAAUAUUUUCCAUUUUCAGUUUUAAAAGAAAAAUUUGAAGUAUAUUUAAGUAUUGCUGUAAAUAUAUUUUUAUUGAACUUAUUUAUUUUACAAAUGUAAUUUUUUAAUAAAAGUGAUU